UCGUAUUCAAAAUCCUCAACUAUUUCUCGCUAUCAAUUUACUUUUUCACGAUCGAUUUGUGUUUGUUUCUCAUACUGUUAGAAAUUCUACUCAAUUACAAUCAGCAGAUUGAACGAUUCUGCAAAAAGGAGAAGCCAGAAAUGCUGCCUGAGACGCUUGCUUGGAGUCAAAAUCUCACCACCGCCGCCGCCGCUGUCAAGACUGAAGGAUUCUUCAAAAUGGAGAAGCCAGAAAUGCUUCCUGAGACGCUUGAUUGGAGUCAAAAUCUAACCACCGCCGCCGCGGCUGUGCGAAGUGAAGCGAUAUUACCCUCACGGUUACCAUGGCGUAGACAGGCGGGGACGGCCUGUCUACAUCGAGAGAUUGGGGAAGCUCGACGUGGAGGGGCUCAUGAAGGUCACCACACUCGAACGCUACGUCCUGUACCAAACGCAGCAGUAUGAGAAGACAAUCAAAGUCAGAUUCCCUGCCUGCUCUGCCGCUGCAAACAAACACAUCAAUAGGAGCAUCGCCAUCCUCGAUGUUCAAGCUGUGAGUUUCAAGAGUUUCACUAGUCCAGUGCAGAAGGUUCUUCUGCAGCUGCGCAAGAUCUUCAACGAUAACUAUCCUGAGACGCUUUCUGAAAUGGUGAUUGUGAAUGCCAGCCCUGGCUUUAAGUUGCUUUGGAACGUCAUCAAGUGCUUCCUUGACCCUCAUACAGUGUCCAAGAUUCAGGUUAUUGGCAGCAAGUAUCAGAGCAAAUUGCUUGAACUGGUUGAUAAAAACGAGCUGCCCGAUUUUCUUGGGGGGAGCUGUUGCUGUAGGAAUGAAGGAGGGUGUGGGUGUCUCAACUCAGACAGAGGUCCAUGGAAACACACAUCUGUGGCUUACACUGGAGAGUGAUUUAUAAGCUAUGUUUUGCUGGGCAGGGCUAUGGCUUGCUUGAUGAAAUAUAGUUGUUGUAAAUGUAUAUAACAAUAGUAUAUAAAGUAAAUUCCACCAAGGUCAAGGGGUCAUUGGUUUGGUUGAUCCUCACAACUGCAUUAACCUUGAGGAACAGCAUAUUAUAGAUUGAUCAUGUGUUGCCCUUCACUGACCUUUCUUGAUAUUAUGGUUAUCUGAUUGUUCUA